AUGACGUCCGCCGCCCACAACUCCAAACCGCCACCCCAUCCCGCCCUUCAGAUCAACAACGCCGCAUCGCCCCAGAAUAAACGCGAUCUCAAGUCAUGGUGGAAAGGCUUCAAGCUGCCGUCCAAGCACCAAGAAACCCAUGAAACCCGACCGCAUGGCAUCUUUGGCGUUCCGCUCCGACAAAGUAUAACGUACGCAAACGUAGCCAUUUCGCUCAUCGACGAGAGGGGGCAGAGCUACAUCUAUGGCUAUGUUCCCAUAGUCGUUGCCAAGUGCGGCGUCUUUCUCAAAGAGAGGGCUACCGGUGUCGAAGGAAUCUUCCGUCUAAGCGGCUCAGAAAAGAGAAUCAAGGAACUCAAAACGGUCUUCGACUCCCCCGACAGAUAUGGCAAGGGCCUUGUGUGGGAAGGCUACACGGUUCACGAUGCCGCCAAUGUCCUCCGCAGAUACCUCAAUGAUCUCCCCGAGCCGGUCGUCCCCCUAGACCUCUACGAAAAGUUCCGCGAACCCCUACGCGGCGCGACGAAGCAGGCCGUUGGGGAUGCUGAAGGCCCUCAAUUUGUGGAACACUUCAACGAGAUAUCAGCCAUCGAAGAGUACCAGAGGCUCAUCACUGAGCUUCCCCCGCUUAAUCGGCAACUGCUGCUGUACAUCCUCGAUCUCCUCGCAGUUUUUGCCGCCAAAGCUGAUGAGAACCGCAUGAACUCGCAGAACCUCGCAGCUAUUUUCCAACCGGGCAUGCUAUCUCACCCCGCCCACGCCAUGGCCCCCGAGGAGUAUCGCCUGAAUCAAUGCGUCAUCAUAUUCUUAAUUGAGAACCAAGAUCACUUCCUCAUCGGUAUGCAGGGAACUGCAGCAGACGAGAAGACAAAGAAAGAGGUCGAGUCUGGACACACCAGCAAUCCCAUGAUCCCCAUAAUUCCCACCACACCGAAUCCGAACCGAAACCCUAGCAUCGGCCGUUCUGCAUCAAACGCAAGCGCUGGCGCGAACAGUGUGCGAAGAGACGGCAAGGUUCGAAGGAACCGAUCUGUGUCCUCGAGGAAUUCUAAGAAUGAAGGCACUUCGACCCCAAACAGCCCCGCUCUGACUGCAACGCCAACAACGGGUGGCCUUGCAAGGAGUAACACCGUGCCGUCCAAGAAAUCCCCAGCACUUGUUGGUGGCCGUUUCCAGAGACAUGAUGGCUCUAGCCCUCACUCGCCGGCGCAUCUCGAACCUCUGACACAGUUGAACUCUGGGGAGACGCUUGACCACCCUAACCAGUCGAGCUUCUCACAUGAAGGUCCCGGUAGCCAUUUAACCCCCUCGAGAGUGCCAGCCAUUGGUCGGAGCCAGGAGAGGUUGCUCGACGUUCCUGAUCCCGCCACUCCGUCCAAAACACCCAACCUGCCUAACAUCUUUCAGAGGUCCCCCACAGACACAACUGAUAAAAGGCAGCCAAACAAACUCAAGAAAAAAAGGAUACCUGGAAGCUUAAACCCGAGUGCGCAGAGCUCCAAUGCCUCGUUACAACAUUCUCAGCCGAACGCGAGUUCGCCGGGGUUCGAGAUUCAGAACCCCCUAGACCAAGCCCAUUACAAAGACUCUGACUCUCAUCUUCUACAACCGCAGUCAAUGCCCCCACCGAUUCAAGAAGAAAGGCAGCAGGAGCAACUACAAGACCAUCAACCCACACCCCCAGCUUCCGUGGCCCAGCAGAAGAGCGAUGUGUCUUCUGAGCACACGCCUAGGGCCUCCCAGGCGUCGUCGAACCCCAAUCUUCAUCCAGAAAACACACUAAAAGCCAAGAAAUCGCCACCGACGUCUUUGCAUUCAUCGUUCAACGAAGGGUCAGAUCUGGAUCAAGUUCUCGAAGACCAACCUAUCACAACCCUGGAACAAGCGGAGAAGGACAAGAAGAAACGCUGGCGAUUGUCGAGGAGUAGGAAUGCCGACAAUGCUAGCGGUUCGACUGUUUCUGGAGUGACCUCUCCUCGUCUGGGCCUGGGAUCGAACGAUAAUGCUGAUAUCAGCAGCCUCUCGAUUUCAAGUUCCAGCCAUAGGCCUCGAAAGAGCGAAAGCUCAGACCCAACUGUGCUCGGAUCUGACGCACACGCCAUAUAUGACUCAGGAAGGGAUAAAGAUGAGCCCAAGGGACCAAUUGGAUGGAUCAGAAACAAGUAUCGUGAAGCCAAGGAGAGCGCGGAGCAGAGGAGGAACAAGUCUCCACCUGCAGACCGUCCCUCUACCCUCAGCUCCAGCUUCCUACCACGCGGAAAGAGCUUGGAUAUUAAGCGGGAGACAGGAAGGGAGUCCGAAAAGCAAACGGCGCCUCUUCCAGCCAAAGCUCCUCCAGUACCGGCUCCCGCCGCUGUUCCAAUUCCAACCGCGGUGCCAGCUCCUGCAUCAGUCUCGGCUGUAGCGCUAGAUCAAUCUCAACCUCCACCUCAGCGACAGCAGCAGAAACAACCGCCAGCCCCAACACCCGCACCUGAGCCCGUGCCUGCUGCUGCAUCCCCGCCGCUACAGCAGCAAGAGCAACGACAGCAUCAAGAAGAGCACAAGCAGGACCAACCUGUUGCGCCUUCAUCAGAGCCAUCGGAUAAGUCAGAGCAGCACCCGCAUCCUCCGCAACAACAACCACAUCAGGUCCAAGAGCAGCCGGUGCCACUAAAACAGGAGCAGUAA